UAAAAAAAGCACUUGGCCGAGUCGGAGCCGCAGUGCGAGCCGCAGCAUCGAGCGGAGCGUCCCCGGGGCCUGUUUUCCUUAUUUUCCUGAGAAAUUCAAGAAGCAAGACUGAAAACAUAAGUCAACGAAAACCUUAGCUAUGAAAAUUAAUCAAUAGAAGCGGAAACAAGAAGGAGCAGAACAGAAAAUUAAUGCAACAUUAAUAAUUUAUAUUUGAAUGAGUGGCUGAACAAGUGGGAUAAAAAAUGUCUGUAAAAGGAAUGGAUAUACGAAAAGAGCUGGAAAUUUUGAAAAGGAAAGAGAGGGAACGCGAGAAAGAGCGCGAGAAAGAAUUGAGCCGACUUAGGCAGAAGCAGUUGGAGCGGGAAAAAGAUAUGGAAAGAGAGGUAGAAAGGUUAAGAAAGAAAGAAAUGCAGAUUGAGCAUGAAAAGCAGAAGAAGGUAGAAAUCAAAAGAUUAAAAGAUAAACAGAAGGAGGAUGAGAAGCGCAAGGAGAGUGAGAAACGAAAAGAAAUGGAAAAGCGGAAGGAGGAAGAGAAGCAGAAGGAUAGAGAGAAACAACAAGAGAUAAAGAAUCAAAAGCAAUUGGAGAGGCAGAAGGAGAAGGAGAAACAGAAGGAGAUAGAGAAGAAGGAAAGGGAGAAGAAGGACAUGGAAAAGCAGAAGAAGAGGGAGAAAAGGGAGAUCGAGAAGAGAAAGGAGAGGGAGAAGAAAGAAAUAGAAAUACAGAAGCAGAAGGAGCUGAUGAGACAGAAGAAAGAGAAGGAAAAGGAGUCUUUCUCUAUAUCCAUUACCACAGUUGGAAAAACGAAGGAGAGGAAAAAGUGA